AUGUCACCUGUUGUGGAUGACGAAGAUUUGCAAGAUGAACCACUGCAACUGAGAGUGCUGGACUAUGAUACAUACAGUGCCCAUGAUGCCAUAGGGAAGGUUUACAUUAACUUAAAUCCCCUGUUGUCCAAAGAUAGUGCAUCCUCAAUAUGUGGAUGGUUCCCAAUCUAUGACACCAUGCAUGGAAUCCGAGGUGAAAUAAAUGUGAUAGUGAAAUUGGAGCUGUUCACAGAUGUCAACAGAUACAGACAGUCCUCCUGUGGAGUUCAGUUUUUUGGAAGUACCUGUGUUCCCUAUGGCUACAGGGCUCAGGCUAUCUAUGGGUUUGUGGAAGAGCUAGUGGUCAAUGAUGACCCUGAGUAUCAGUGGAUAGAUAAAAUAAGAACUCCAAGAGCAUCAAAUGAGACCAGACAGAGGCUGUUCUCAACUCUGUCGGGAGAGCUCCAGCGCAGGAUAGGUUUAAAAGUUUUGGAAAUGGGUGGGAAUGCUAUCAUCGG